AAAUAUAAAUGAUUAUAUUGGGCAGAAUAAUUGUAUAUAAUUAGUCAGAUAUGAUGAGUAUAUAUGAUAUUUGUUCUAUAUUUUAGUGUGUAUGGUGGAGAUAAUGCCAGGAUGGUUGCACUGUGUCCGAUAUUUUAAUAUGAAAUGAAUAAAAAAAUUAAAGAUAAAAAAAGAACGAUCCCAUUGGCGAGAGCUGACAUUUUGUUAACCCUCUGGUGCGUUUUAGGGAAGGCAGACUCCUCUGCACGGCCUGCACUCAGAAGACAAGCCAGGGUGGAUUAUAGCCUUGAGGCGACUCCCGAAGAUCCUUGGGUGAGAAUUUCCGACUGCAUCAAAAGCUUGUUUAACCCCAGCAUGGCCGAAGAAAGGUGUAGCUUAAACAUGUCGCAUGGCGUCGAAAGCAAAGACGGUGAGGCAACCUUGCAUUGCUCGGACGUGGCCCUGCAGCCCUCAGACACCGAGGAGAGCGAUCCCAAGGCCUCUUCCACCUCAGAAGAAGGUGACUGUGUGAAGAAGGGGCCACCUGUAGCGCCCAAACCAGCUUGGUUCCGUCAAAGCCUCAAGGGACUAAAGAAAGGAAAUUCAGAUGUGAAACCUCUCAGAAACAGCAUCAGUGAGCAUCAAAGCAUGUCGGACAAUGAGGCAGGCUCCAUGACCAAGAUCACCCGGGCAUCUCCUCGAGGAUCGUCAAUCAAGCAGAGAAUUAGCUCUUUUGAAAAUCUGGGCACCCCUCAGUCUCCUGAAAAGGGGACGAGGAAGCUGAGUCCGAAGCCCUCCGUUCGAAAAGAAGAAGCUUCCAGCAGGCGGGAUUCCCAAAUGGCCAAGUUUGAUCCUCAGGAAGCCUCCACCAGCAACAUCGACCACCGAGGUUCUGAGGAGAGCAGCCAUCGGCCGUCACCUCAAGGAGAAGAUCAGAUCGGCUCCUCUUCUUCCUCCAGUGUGGAGCAUUGUGCUUCGAUUUCAAAGACGAGCAGCAGCCCCCGUCUUGACUCAUCUUUGAAUCUUCCAGCCUCACAAAAUACGGAACUUGACCCACCAGUCACAAAAGCACCGAGUCAACGAGCACGGAGCUUUCCGCUCACUUCAUCUCAGACAUGUGAAGUGUUGAAAAACAAAGCCGAGGGAGAAAAAUGCAGCAAAAUCUACUCCAUUAGCAAUCACUUCUCGUCAGCUUUGAUGAAAUCCUUAGAUGGCUUUCCUUCUCGGUCUCCUCGGUGUCCUAGAAAGAGCCCCGGAACCUCCAACGGAGGGAUUUCUGAGUCUUGCCCAGAAGAAGACAAGGUUGCUGUCCCUCAAGGAAGAGAAGUUCAGUCUCUGGACACUGGCUAUUCUCUUAAUGAAAUUUCAAAGGAAAUUAAAUGUGAACUGGAGGAAGUUGGGGACCUGCUGCGGCUGAGAAAUAAGACGGUUGUAACACACGGCACAUUUGCAAGUUCUUUGGCUCCACGAGCUGCAGAGCAGCAGAAGGUGUCCUCAGGAGCUGCAGAUCGCGAAAAGAAAAACAGCCAAGGUGGCAGUUGGCUUAAGAAAUCUCCCUGUGAAAAAUAUUUGGAGAAGAAUGACGCUCACCUCAACCAUCCUUCCCAAAAGCCAAUGAUCCGUUCCAGCAGCGAUAGCAGUUACAACCCCAGGUCGUCUUGUGGAAAUGGCCUUCUUUAUCAGUUGACCAAUGGCCAAGGAAAAGAACAUCAUCUGGAUGUAGCAAUUACGCAGCCACCGGGCUCCCGACAUUCAUUUUCUGAAAUGAGUUUGCGAAAUGAGUCUUCCCCAUCAGCAUCUCAAGGCGCCCGUCCCCUUUCACCACAUACGACUAAAAAAUGCACAGAGAUCCUGGUUAGGAAACCCAGGUCAUUCAAACCCAAACCUCCACCACGGAAGUAUUUCAAACAGGAUUGUCCUGAUAAUGAGCAGAUGAUCAGAGAGAUGAAAGAGAGACCCAACCUGCAGGAGAGUGAAGUCCCACCAUCUUCAAACACUCAGGUAAGACAGGCUUCUGGUGGACAGAAGGAGCUAAAAAAUGCCAACAAUGGAGAGAAACUACUGAGGAAGAACAGCUGUUACCCAUCGAUGCAUCAGGGCCAGGUUGUAUCAUCUAGAAGCAUGACACCCCAACACAACCCCCCUGUUCAGCCUGGAGACGAGCUGCUGCAGGUGCAUACCUAUCUGAUGCAAGGACACACCCGCUUCGAAGCUUGGAAUAUCAUCCGAACCUUACCGGAUGGGUUUAUCACUGCCAUCAUCAGGAGGAAAAAUUCAGGGGCUGGAACGGCUCCCUCUCUUCAUGGGGAGGAGUAGUGGCCACGAUGGUCGCAACGCUCAAAGAGAUUUGGAACUGCGAUGACCCAAACUAGGGACUCAUCCCUUGCCCCUAUCAGCUACUCUGCAGCUGAUUUAACGGCCUGUGCUCCUUGCUCGCAAAGGGAACGCCAAGAAAGGUGGAGACGAGGAGGCCAGUGUAAACAGCUCACUUGUUUGUGUUUGCAGUAUCACUCAAAGUUCCCGUGGGGAGCUGUGCCUGAAUUAAUCAAGGAAUUUGCCGAAAGCGAAAAGGCAGAACCCUGAAAGAAGAUUUGAUGGCAGAGGAGAUAGCGGGAUUAAUGAAUUGGCCCUUGAUUUCCUAAUGAGCAUCAAAGCAAACACGGGAGCCCAGCGCAUGGAGAUCCAUUUCAGGACCCAUGCUUUCCUGGCGGGUGUAUCUUGGUCGUCAGGACUUUGUUCACUGUUCCUGGGAUUACAAGUGUGUAAAAGUGUGCGUACAUUUCCAUCACUGGGGAAGCCACUCCCUCUCACUUUGAACUGACUGUAGAUUGUCCAUUGCUGGAUCAGGAAAGCCUGAUUUAAAGGCUGAUUUAAACCACAUUUUUACCUGUUCCUCCAAUAAAGUAUUGUUCUUUUAACCAUGUUACAUUUACUUAGAAUUAUCUCUCUCCCUAGCACCAAAGAGCCGCAAACUUCAAUCCAAAAAGAGACAAGACCAAGAAUGACUUCAGAGCACCCCGUUUUUUUUUAAUUUCUAAUGUAUAAAAGCACAUCAGAACAACGUAUUAUGGUUUAGAAAAUAUUAUUGCCUGAGAUCAGUGAUCAUUUGAGGCAGUUAGGGAGAAUUUAUGAAGGCCGAAUCCUGGAGCAGACAUGUUUCCUUCUCUCUAAGCAGGAUCUUCAGUUCAAAACUGGCAGAUGUCUGUCUCGGUUUCUUGUUAAACAUCGUCUCUGACAACCUGUUCCGUAAUCAACCAAAAUUUAUCACAACCACAUUUUUCCUCGUGCUCAAGAGCUUCGAAUGCUUGAAUGCACAAACAUCUCUCUUCCUACUGGAAGGCUUGUAAGUCAGGAUUGUUCCCCCCUGCCAUGCAGGCGUAAUGCAGGCAGGUAUUUGUGAUUUAGAUGAUGUGGGAGGAGAACAUUUGAAAAACAAAUGUGGUUUCUUCAGAGUCCUUUUUUUUUAAUUACUUCGACAGGAAAUGCCUUAUUGGCUCAAAACAACCAGACCACAUGAAAGGAACUCUUGAUAGGUACCUGGGUGGAGAUGUAAAUUCAGGAGCUCAAAGUGAUGUUGUCAUCAUUGCGAAAGAUAAAGCAGCGAAUGGAGUUUGGCAAACAUGCAACAUCAAAUCUUCUUACUUGUUUUUCUGAUUUACAGAGGAACGAAGCCAGAACAGCGAAUUAUGGUCCAAUUCUUUCCUCUUGAGGUGUGGUUACGUUUGAAGGCUUAUCUUGCAAAGCGAAACCCAGAGGCGUUCAUUUCUUUUCAGAGUCCCGAGCAAGGUCAGACUACAGUAGUGUGAAUAAAGUGCUAUUUAAUUCUAGACCUGGGCUCACGAGCUCCCUGUCUAAAUUAAGGAGGAAUUUGUGCGCAUCCUUUCGAUCAGAUCCCAGUUCUGAA